UUCUAGGGAGGUGAGCACGUGAAACAAUAUGAAGAGGAGAAAAUAGCCUUUUAAGGAAAUUGGCCCACAGAAAGGAUGGCCUUCUUGGACAAUCCAACUAUCAUUCUAGCUCAUAUUCGACAGUCACAUGUGACCAGUGAUGACACAGGAAUGUGUGAGAUGGUUCUCAUUGAUCAUGAUGUUGACCUAGAGAAGAUUCAUCCUCCUUCAAUGCCUGGAGACAGUGGGUCAGAAAUUCAGGGAAGCAAUGGCGAGACUCAGGGCUAUGUAUAUGCCCAGUCAGUCGAUAUUACCUCAAGUUGGGACUUUGGUAUUAGAAGACGCUCAAAUACAGCUCAAAGAUUAGAACGACUCCGAAAAGAGAGACAAAACCAGAUCAAAUGCAAAAAUAUUCAGUGGAAAGAAAGAAAUUCUAAGCAAUCAGCCCAGGAGUUAAAGUCACUGUUUGAAAAAAAGUCCCUCAAAGAGAAACCUCCAAGUUCUGGAAGGCAGUCAAUAUUAUCUGUACGACUAGAGCAGUGCCCUCUGCAGCUGAAUAACCCGUUUAACGAGUAUUCCAAGUUUGAUGGCAAGGGUCAUGUAGGCACAACAGCAACCAAGAAGAUCGACGUCUACCUCCCCCUGCAUUCGAGCCAGGACAGACUGCUGCCAAUGACCGUGGUGACAAUGGCCAGCGCCAGGGUGCAGGACCUGAUCGGACUCAUCUGCUGGCAAUACACAAGUGAAGGACGGGAGCCGAAGCUCAAUGACAAUGUCAGUGCCUACUGCCUGCAUAUUGCUGAGGAUGAUGGGGAGGUUGACACAGACUUCCCCCCACUGGAUUCCAACGAGCCCAUUCAUAAGUUCGGCUUCAGUACCUUGGCCCUGGUUGAAAAGUAUUCAUCUCCUGGUCUGACAUCCAAAGAGUCACUCUUUGUUCGAAUAAAUGCUGCUCAUGGAUUCUCCCUUAUUCAGGUGGACAACACAAAGGUCACCAUGAAAGAAAUCUUGCUUAAGGCAGUGAAGCGAAGAAAAGGAUCCCAGAAAAUUUCAGGCCCUCAGUACCGCCUGGAGAAGCAGAGCGAGCCCAAUGUCGCCGUGGACCUGGAGAGCACUUUGGAGAGCCAGAGCGCAUGGGAGUUCUGCUUGGUCCGAGAGAACAGUUCAAGGGCAGACGGAGUUUUUGAGGAGGAUUCACAGAUUGACAUAGCUACAGUACAGGAUAUGCUUAGCAGCCACCAUUACAAGUCAUUCAAAGUCAGCAUGAUCCACAGACUACGAUUCACAACUGAUGUCCAGUUAGGUAAGUGCAUGAACUAAUGAUGGACCGGACCCUUUGUAUCA